AUGUCUGGUGUUUUGAGUCUGUGUCCUUUUGUGCUAGGUAGUCUUUUAGCAGAUGAUGAUGGCUCACCUUCUCUGGCCCGAGCUGCAGGGAGCCAUCGUGGAAGUAUGGAUAGGACUGGAUAUCCACAAGAGGCUGAUAAAAAGAGACUGCAUCAACUGUUUGAAUCUUUUAGAUCCAACACCAAUGACAGUGACAGUAAUGCUAGUGUGAAACAUGUUUCAUGUCGCAGACGUCGUGAUUCUGGAUCAUCAUCCUCAUCAGAAGAGGAUAAAAAGAGAGAUAAAUCUAACUUAUAUAAAUCUGUAUGUGAUUCAAUAACUUCUUCAGAACCAGGCCUCAUUCCAUCACGACCAACUUCUGAAACUGAAAGUGCCCUGAACUCUCCUGUAGCUAAACCUAGUAGACUCAAUUCCAAACCAAUAGAAACCACUGUGCCUCCAGAACUGACUAAUGGGAAUUCUAGAAACUUACGUGAUAAAGCUAUAUCUAGUGACACUGUAUCUCAAUCUAGUUCUUCUGAAAAUGCCAGAUUUUCUUCAACAGAAAGUGGUCAAAAUGCAAAACGAAUUGAAUCAAAAAUUCAGCAAACCAACCAAAUGUCAAAUUUAUGUCCUCCAAGUGCCUCCCCACGACAGAAUGUGAGAUUAUCUCCUGAACAUUCCAAUAUGCAUCUUCGGAAAGGAUCUGGCCAAUCAGAUACUUCGAGUAUAUCAUCAGCAAGAACAGCCUCUCCUGCCACUAAAAUGCGUUUGUUGGACCUAGCUAGUACUCGUGCAUUAGAACGAGAUGGUUCUGAUGGCUCUGACAACGAUGAUUCACAUCGUUCCAGAAAAAAUAAGAAGCAUUCCAUAAGCACUUGGAGUAGAGAGUGUCAGACAGUCUCACAGUAUGAGGAGGGGUUUCAAUAUCAUUUAAAAUCACAAAACCUAGACACUACUGCUUUCGAGGCUAGCUAUCUUGAUGGGACUGGUUCUGAUUCCUUCUUUAGCCUUAAAUUGGAUGUUGGAUUGAACCACGAUACUAAGAAUUGCAUGUUGAAUUUUGGGGCUGAUGGUUAUACUGACAGCAGUACAUGCAUGUUAAAGCAUAAUAACCACCCCAUCAAUGAAACCUAUUGUUUGUCUCAAUCAUCAUCUAAUUCUGGCACUUUAGACUCGCUGCAUGCUCCUUCUCCAUACUGUCCUACUACCUCUGCUCUGCAGCAUUUUAACACACCUUCAGCACAAAAUUCUGAUGUAGAAUCUAUAGAAGACACUUGCACUCAUUUUUCACUUGCUGAGUCAUUAUCCAGUGAAUUAUAUUACACACCAGUGGCAUACCUUACCUCUGAUAACAAUACUACUAACACUAAUACUAAACUUCACAGAAGUUCAAUCUCUGACCUUUCUCCUGUAGUAAAAGGUAACUCUAAAGUAUUUCAGGAAUCACAGCAACUAACAUCAUGUAACAAAACCUUCAUCAUAGACAGAGAAGACAUCCCAGACUCAUUUGACAUUGUAGAUGCUGUCACUGAAGAAGAGGACCCAGACCAAAAAUGUUCCAAAUAUGUCCUUGACAUUAAAGAAUAUGUCAAUAUUGAUGAUGAAGAAUACGAUUCAGAUUUGGAAUCCAAAGACCGGCAAUUAGGAGAAACCUAUAUUUAUGGUGAAGCAGACCAACUACUGACAGAUCUUGAAAAUGACAGUGAAGUUAGCUUUCUCACCUCUCCCCAUAUAGACUUUAAUGCAAUUCAUAAACCUGUCCCAAAACAUGCUUAUCCUAUAACUGAUACAGAUGAGGUCUCAGAUAACUUGAGUGUCAUAUCUGAAACCACUGAGCCUGAUAAUUCUUCCCUGAGUGAUCUGGCUUCAAAUUAUCAAGAUGAAAAUGAUGAUAUUGAUGAACUUGCCAACAAGUCCAUAGAUGUACUUUUUGAUGACCAAUAUGAUCUCCCUAUAACGAAGUUCAGAAGUCCCAGAUUAAAGAAGAAGUCAAAUAGAACCCCAACAAGCACACGUAAACAUGUAUCAUUUUCAGAAGGAACAAUCUUUAAACAAGAAACCAACUUACAGUCUGAUGUCCCAAAGCAAUUAGAAAUUCCUAUUAUGGCCAACUACAAGGAGGUCACAUCACAAAAAGAAGGACCAGAUAAUGUAUCAAUUGGUCAAACUGCUUCCUUAGUAAAAGAUGAAGAGUAUAAUCUGAAAGAAACUAUAACCAAUACACACCAUCUCUCAUCAAAUCUUAUUCAACAGGAAAUUUCACCUGAGACAGAGACCAAUUCAUCUAAAAUCAAAUCCCCAAUUGUUGUAUUAAAUGAUGAUGUGCCCAACAUCGCCAUUACUGAAGAUCUAGAACAAUCACUUCCUGUUGAAAAAGUGCCUUCUGACAUCAAAGUUGAUAUGAAAAAUACUGUUAACAUUCCAGACUCACAAAGGAAUAAACCCAGCAGUGGAGCCAAAUAUUCAAGAAAUGGUUCAAAACUCAAAGUUCAAAAGUUUAUGAAGAAGGUUAAGAAGAACAGCCCAAGGUCAAGUCCAGUUGAAGAACUGGAAUCAGACAGUAAUUCUGCAAGUUCAAUUGUUGACUCUACCAAACCAACUGAAGCAAAUUCACGAGAACAAAAGAGCCCCUUACCUAGAAGAAGAAAGCAAAACACUAAGAUUAGCACACCUAAUUCCAAUGAAAGAACCAAAUCUAUUCAUAUAGAAAAGACAAAAUCUGCCCAAAUCGAACAAAAAUCAAAGAAUUAUUUAAGAAGUGAAUGUAAAGAUUUGAAAGUGAAGCCAAAAUUGACCAAUUCAGGAAAAGACAUGGAAUCAUAUAGAAUGCAGUCUUCCACUUUAAAGGUCUCCCUUAUGAAUCAAAGUCCAAAUUUAGCUACGAAACAAGAUCUUCACCCAAACGAUGUUGUUCCAGACAGUUGCCCAAACAACUCAUACAACCGGUGUCAAGGUCAAUUGCAACGAACUGUAACAUCAAAUAAAAUUGAACAGACACAGUCUACCACACCAAUGGAACUUCCUAAAGACAGGAAGAAACCUCCCAAGAUCAAUUAUCAAUAUUUGAAAGAAGUACAAUCUUCAGAGACUGAUUCAGGGAAUGAAAACCAUCAAGAAAUAUUUUCUUUUACCAUAGACAAAUUGAAAUGGAAAUCAAACAUGCAAUCUGUAAAUAAUGACUGUGAUAAGCAUUCCAAACGAGAACUAUCUGAUGAAAAUUAUGUAAAUUUGAUGUCUAGAGAUUUAAAUUCUCAUCAGAAUCCUGGAAAAACUGUAAAUGAUAUUCUGAUUGUUAUUAAUCAAGCAGACGAAGUAAAAAUUCCAAGAACAAUUCGAUGUGAUGAUGGCGAAAAUAAUGAACUUAAAAAUUGUGAUGAAACCUAUUCAAAUUCUGUCUCCAUUGCUUCCGAUAUAAACAAUCAGACAGUUCCAAAUGAUUUUGAAAUAAGCACUAAGAGUUGUGAUAAAUGGAAAGGAAUUGAAAUGAAGCACUCAAAGACAGAUGUGUUUAGUUGUGAAAGUGGUAGUAUGGAAGUGACAAGUUCUGAAAGUUGUGGUGACCAUUUGGAUUUUGAGAUUAAGAACAAUAAUUUAGACAUAAGAGAAAAUUUGGAAGAAGAAAAUAUAUCCAAUGAGCUUGCAAUCAAGAGGAUCACUGAUGAAUUUCCUAAUACAGACAUAUCACUAAUGCAAGCUGAAGAUGGUGUCCAAACUACUAUUGAUUUCAUACCAAAUAUGAAGAAGUCAGAAAUCAGCAGAGAAGAAUGGCUACAAACUGUGCAAAAUCAAAAUAUUAACAAAGAUGGUUGUUCUGUUGAAAUAAUAGAAGACUCCAAGUGUGAAUUGUCUAAAGAUUAUGAAUAUGAUAUUACUGUGCCUGAAAUGAAUGAUUUUAAAAACACACUUCCUGUUGAUAUUUCUGUCCAUUAUUCAAAAAAUGAUGGUCACAUGCCCAAUGCAGAGGUCAUCAUGGAAAAUCAGGAUUUGUCAUUGAAAGACCUAAAAAAGGAUGAAUGUAAUUCUACCAAAGACCUGUCCAAUUCUCAAAAAUAUGUCAACACCAAACAUCUGGUUGUGUCAAUUAAAAAUAAUCAGAAAUCUGAAUUGUGUGAGAAACUUCUCCUGGAAAGUAUUAGAAAGUAUGAAAGUGAGCAGGAAUCUGACCCAAAUGGUAAUGAUUUUGAAAGCAAUUCAAUGUCCGGUGUGCCUGGAGAUGUAAUUCAAAGGGAUAGUGUAAAAUGUGCUGAAAUUUCAUUGGAGGUUGAAGCUUUACCAACUGGUAUGGUUAAUAAUCCAUUAAUUCCAUCUUUGAAUGCAUCUAUACAAGAAAGCAAUACUCUCAACCCAUCACAUGAUUCAGACACAGAAAGCCAGCACCCUGAAGACUCUUUCUAUGAUUACCAAUGCCUAAAUGAUUCCAAACAAAUCACAUUACAAUACAGUACUGGGGAGGAAAGCAACAAGUCUAUUUAUAGUAAUAAUACUGGAUAUUGUGUUAUAGAGGAUAACCCUAUCUCAACUACAACUAACCUACACUGCACUAAUCCAAAUAUUAACAGUGAUGUUGCCAUGGAUACUAAUAAAAUGCUCCCAAAGGUUAAAGAAGGUCCUGAAAAUGCUUCAAAACAGGACCAAGCAUACCCCUCCUCCCCAACUACUGGAGAAUCUCCAAAUAUGGAUAACUCUAGCAGACAACUCACACAAACAAUUCCUGAUAUCCACAUAGUUUCCAGUUCUUCUUUGCCCAAAGCUACAGUAACAGGUAACCAUAUAUUAGUAGUCCAUUGUCCUAAAGCCUUAUUAAUAUACAGCUUGAUUAGUUCCCAUGGUUAUGGUACCUUAAUAAAAAUGAUUAAAUUUCAUCACAAUAUUUUAAAUUUAAGAUUUAUUUGA